ACAUAAGUUUAAAUUAAUGUCGAAUUUAUAAUUUGUAGGAGUAAUUAAUUUCAUUGUUUUUUUAAAAUGUUUCAAAUAUUAUUUGGUGAUAAACUAGUUAAAUCACAUUUAUAAACCGAGGAGUUUCUGAUCAGUAAGAAAAUUGCAACUGUAACAAACAGAGUUUGUGCAACUUGGAACACGUAUGAAUUCUUAUUUUAAUAAAGUAAUUAGUAAAUAAUCAAUUGGCCUAUGUAAAAGUUGGUUAAUCUGUGCUUCAUGCAUGCAAGAGUAGUACGCGGUCGUAUCACACAUGAACUAGUACAAGAUAGUAUGCAGCAUUUGAUGAAAACAUACAUAAAUGGCUGUUACUACUACUCAAACGUUGAAAACUAAUCAAUAACCACAUAUUUUGAUAUUGAUAUGGUCAAGAAUUAGUUACUAAGUACAAUUUUUAUGUGAUUGACCAAAUGAAGAAAUAUUAGUGCUUCUCUGUCUACAAAUUUCUCAUUUUAUAAACCUGUCUCGGUCGAAAUAUUUGUAGUAGCUAGUCGAUGAUGUUGUCUCUUGGCUUUCUGUUGAAAGCUCGGUCUUCUUGGUUCAUUCUUUGGUGUUAGUGGCUGUGGUAUGCUAACAUUGAUUAGUCGAGUCUAAAAUUUUCGUAUCUGACCUAUUUUCUGUUAGUUAAUGGCAUGGGGCUGUAUCACAAGAUUAAAGUAAGAGAUCAUGAGAAAAAUGUAUGAGUGAAUAAACUUAGAGUUCAUGUUGUCCAUUUAUGGAUUGGUCUUGCGUUCUUCUACUAGUUUGGCUAACUGAGACCUAUGAGGUGCAGAUUGUGAUAGCUAUAUAUGUCCAGUUUAACACAUAAUAUGUGAUGUUUUUUAGGAUUUGGGACUUAGCCAAGAGAUUUAGGAUUCAAUAGCUAGAAAAGUAUGAGUUCCUAAAGAAUAUGGCUUUUAGAAAGUGAAAGAUGAGGAAGGUAUUUUGAACUGCACUAGCCAAUAUUUUUCUGGAUAAAAUCUGUCAUAUCGUAAGCUCGGUGUAGUCAAUGAAUGAUGCAUAUUUUCAUCUAGAACCAUAUAUUUGAAUUAAAAAACAGAAAAAAGUAAGGGAAGGAAUUACAGGUUGCUAAUUUAAAGGUUAUAGAAUGCUUAUUCAAAUGGAAACAUGUGCCUCUGAAAUAAUUCUCAUAAAAAAUGUAUCUAAGCAAUAAAAAGUAGAGAUAAAGGUAUUGCCCAAUGUUUUCUUGCAACUUUUACUUAGCAAUGACAGACCUUCUAAUAAUUCCAGGCUUGUAAAGAAAGGUACGAAGACCUACAAAAACGUUAUUCUGGAUCCACGUCUUGGUUUGAAGAACUGAAAAUGCGGCGUGUUGCAGAGCUCAAGCGAGAACUGGUUAAAUCUGAAAACUCAAUAGGGUUAGCACAGAUGUAUAAAUGUAUUUAUCACUUGAGUUGAAGAUCAAAUCAUUGGAGGGGAAGAAACAACAAUUCAAACAAGGUGAAUCCGGUUCCUACGAGACUGAAUCACCUCCACUCGUGUUGGACUCAGAAGCCACCGAGUCAAUCAGCAGGCAGACAUCAAAUGGUGAGAACUCCGUUGGCAGCUUCUCAAAAGAAACAAGCACAAUGGGAAGCUGGUUGUGCGACCAUCAGCUUCAAGCUGAGGAGACCGAGACGAAGCCCAGCACAUCUGCCUGCUCUGAGCUGGGAAAGGAUCCAAGCAUUGAUACCCUCCCCGAGGUCGGUUAUGAGCAUGGAGUCAUCGUUAGGAAGAAACGAGGGAAGAGAAAGAGAAAGGACUGCAGUCAAGUUGCCAAAGAGAGAAGUGUUGACGACAGUGAUAACUUAGGUUCUUCCAAUGCUGUUUCGACUGCAAACAAGGAAACAUCAACUAACGAAUGUAAGAGGAUGAGAAUCUCCGGUCCCAAGACCACCGGAAGAGAGAGCUUGAUCGAGAUAUUCGAAUCCAUUGCACAGAGUGAAUCAGCAGCAGUCUUCAGACAUCGAAUGGACAGUCAGAAACGGGCGCGAUACAGACGUGUUGUCCGGCAGCACAUGGACAUUGGCACAAUAAAAUCAAGAAUCGUCGGUCAGUCCAUAAAAACAGCGAAGGAGCUCUUCCGGGACCUGCUGUUGCUGGCGAACAAUGCGUUGGUGUUUUACUCGAGACGCACACGCGAGUACAAGGCUGCAAUCACUCUGCGGCAGCUGGUCAUGAAAGAUUACAAGCUGCAUUGCAGAGGGUAUUGCAAUGAAGCCACAUCGGACUUCAUCCCAUGCAACCCUCCGGUGAGGCCGCGGACAGCUCGUCCUCGGCCUGGGCCUCCUGCGUAUAAGGACAAGGAGGCAUCGUCGGAUAAAGCCUUGAAACCAGAGAAUGCUGCUCUUGCCACUCCGGUGGGAUUGGGGAAACAGUGUAAUUCCGGUAACAGUGUGUUGAAGCAAUCCUUGUUGAAGGCUAAGAAAGGUUUGAAGAGACCUGCGAAAUUGAAAACUGAAUUAGGUGAUCCACAUCGUAAAAAUAUACCAGUAAAACAAAGGAAAAGAGUUCGGAGAUGACAAUGUUUUUAUCAAUCGAAAAAAAAAGACUUAGUGUAAGAGAAAAAUGUACAGACUUCUUUCUAUAUUAUAUCUGAUUCAUGUCUUAACAUA